AUGCCAAGUGACAGUGUCGGGCGGGACUGACAGCUGAGUGAGCACUUCCGGUGUCCUUCUACUGCCGGGGCUGAGACACAGGAGUGAGACACGUGAUAGAAGAGAGCAGAGCCAUGGCACAGAACUUAAAGGACAUAGCUGGACGGUUUUCCGGUGGACCUCCCGGUAUGAGGAUUGGCUUGAAACUUCUGCUGGGAGCCGGUGCUUUGGCUUUUGGAAUCAGGGAGUCUGUCUUCACAGUGGAUGGAGGUCAAAGAGCCAUUUUCUUCAACCGUAUCGGAGGAGUUCAGAAGGACGUCAUCCUCGCUGAGGGUCUACAUUUUAGGUACUGCGCCUCUGUUCCUUAUUACAUGAGGGGGCGGAGACAAGACCAGUCAUCCUGCACAAGGAGUGAGAAUCUGCAGAUGGUAAACAUCACGCUACGUGUCCUGUCCCGACCCUUGGCCUCCGAGCUCCCCAGUUUGUACCAGAGGCUCGGCCUGGACUAUGAGGAAAGGGUCCUGCCUUCCAUCGUCAAUGAAGUUCUGAAGAGUGUGGUGGCCAAAUUCAACGCUUCACAGCUCAUCACACAGAGAGCCCAGGUCUCCCUCCUGAUCCGUAGGGAACUGACAGAAAGAGCCAAGGACUUCAAUCUCAUCCUGGAUGACGUGGCUAUCACUGAACUGAGCUUCAGUAAGGAGUACACAGCAGCUGUGGAGUCCAAGCAAGUCGCCCAGCAAGAGGCACAGCGUGCCCAGUUUUUGGUGGAGAAAGCCAAGCAAGAUCAGAAACACAAGAUCGUUCAGGCGGAAGGAGAAGCUGCAGCAGCCAAAAUGAUCGGUGAUGCCCUCGGUAAGAACCCCGGGUACCUGAAGCUGAGGCGGAUUCGGGCAGCUCAGAGCAUCGCUAAGACCAUCGCUGCAUCCCAGAACCGCGUGUACCUGAAUUCUGAUAAUCUAGUCCUCAAUCUUCAGGAUGUCACAUUCACCGAUGCAAGUGAUAGCCUGGUGGCUAAACAAAGAAAGAAAUGA